CGCAGCCACCCACUGAGUCGGUUAGCACGUCUGUUUGCUGAGUGAGAGAGGCAAAGCGGUGAUGCGAGGUCCCCACUCUUUCCUUCUUGUACAAAAUUUCCUCUUCCUUCCCGUUCGUGGUUGUAUGUCGGCUCUUUAAUAACACAAGUAACCACUACAUCUUUACACACCGAUUAAAAACGAAAUGGUGUCCAGCACUGCACGCGUAAAAGGGGCGCGCAAAACUCGCUAUUUUAAUUGUUUCGUUUAAUCAAGUUUAAUGCAGAGGUUCCUGGGUUAAAAGCACAUAUGCUAGUUUAAAGAAAGUUAAAGGUGAUUUAAAGAUGUGAUGCACCUGUCCCAAUUGAUGAUAAAGACGACACAUUUGAGGCACAUUACACAGCAUAUAAGGAAUAUUGAUCAGUACAAGUUUAUUGGAGCGCUCUCGUGGCAGGUGUCUUGGCGCCAUUGAACGCAUUUGGAGUAUAAGGCCACUUUCCAUAGAGUUGGAGGAUCGAAAUCCAUGAGAUGACUGGAAGCACUGUCCGUGGUGAGCGAGGACCAGUCCAUUUUCGAGUCGCCCUUCCCUGCCGCCACGACCAUGCACAUGAAGGGCGAGAUGACGUCACCGGGAAGCUUCAGCCAGGCCUCCGAAGAGAGCCAAGAACCCACCGAGCCGGAGUGGGCCGGGCCAGGAGCACAGAACCCUGGGAAGAGAGGAGAGCACAUCAACGGAACCAGUCGUGAGUCCCCUGUGGACUGCAGUGUGACCAAACGCUCCAGACACAUGAGCAGCAACGAAGGGGGUCAGCUGGCCUACCAGGCCUCAUACCCUGAGCCCCGCGCCAGCCCCCAGACUGCCACCCCGCCCAACAGCGCCACAGAGGAGAAGAGAGUCAUAGUGCCCGCAGACCCUGAGGUGUGGACCCAGGACCAUGUGCGCCAGUGGCUGGACUGGGCCAUCAAGGAGUACAGCCUGGAGGAGGUGGACAUCAUGCACUUCCACACACUGGAGGGCAAGGCCCUCUGCAAGAUGACCAAGGAGGAUAUGAUGCACCUCACGUCCGCCUACAACACGGACAUCCUGCUCGGCCACCUCAAUUACCUCCGACAGAGCAGCCCUACUUUCUCCUACCCCACAACUCCAACCAACAACACACAGCAACAACCCAGACUACAGGUUAAAUCAGAGAACAGCUAUGAGGAGAUAGGCAGAAGGAACAGCUGGUCAUCGAACCCCAUGCUGCCUGCAGUAACCAAAGGUUCUCAGAUGGAGCACCAACACAGCACCAGAGUCACAGAGCCUCCGCCGAGAAUUGUGCAAGACCCAUACCAAGCAUUAGGUCCCAUCAGCAGUCGUCUAGCCAACCCAGAAGGCCAGGCCCUCCACUCCAAGAAACGAACAGGCAAACACAGUUCAUACAGGCUGCCUGACCCCAGCGCUCACAGGCCUGUGGGCUCUGGACAGAUCCAGCUGUGGCAGUUCCUGCUGGAGCUGCUGUCGGACAGCAACAACUCCAGCAUCAUCACCUGGGAGGGCAACAACGGCGAGUUCAAGAUGACCGACCCGGACGAGGUGGCCAAGCGUUGGGGCGAGCGCAAGAGCAAGCCCAACAUGAACUACGACAAGCUGAGCCGCGCCCUGCGCUACUAUUACGACAAGAACAUCAUGACCAAGGUGCACGGCAAGCGCUACGCCUACAAGUUUGACUUCCAGGGCAUCUCACAGGCCCACCAGAGCCACGGCGGAGAGGGGGGCAUUGUUAAGUAUCAGACUGAGGUAUCUUAUGCCCAGCCCUACCACAGCCACCAGCCAAAAAUUAACUUCAUGAACACGCAUGCCGCCCCUAUGCCCGUGUCCCCUGGGAACUUUUUCGGGCCGUCGCCAACUUACUGGAACUCAACCAGCCCAAUGUAUCCCGGGUCUCCCAUGCCAAGGCACCCGGGGACUCACUCCCACCUGAGCUCAUACUAUUGAGGUAUGGGUGUCUUGCACUAGACUGGAUGGCAGAGCUUUCUGAAACAGACUGAUAUCCAAGAUACCAUCCACAAUGUAUCUGGUCUUUACAUCUAAAUUAGGUUGUAACGCUAUGCGAGUUUUGUUAGUACAGAAUGUAAAAUGGACAAUAACGCUCACGUCACAUCUUCAAGCAGAGGCACCAUAAGAUAGGCAAAAGGAAGAGGGUAACAAUGUGAAGAAGCAAUGGUGACUAGUAGAGACCAAGGGAUAGCCAUGAAGGUUCUGCCUUCUUGAAUUUCUCAACUAUGGAGGUUGAGAAUUUGUUCAUAUUAUAGCCUGUGAUUCAGUUGUUUGAAAACCAUGUUUUUCAAGUAGGUAAGUAUUUUGUUUAUGUCAUUGAGGUCAUUGAAGGACUUAAAGGGGAAAGUCACUGAGUGUGCGAAGUGCUAAAACUGUUAUGAGGUCUUGAUCGCAACUACUAUAUUCAUUGAUCUAACAUUUGUAAACGUAUCAUUGUACAGAAUGUGUCAUACAAUUGUAGCAAUAAAACAUUUACCCCUGUAGUAAUGCUAAUAAAAGGAACUUAUAUAUUUGA